AUGGCGGAUGAUAAUGACUUGCCCCGCCAGUCACCCGAACCACUAUUCUCCUCAAAUGAUGCUCAUCCGGCGGAUGGCGUCCCGGAAUCGGGCCCCGCGGAGGUGGAUGCAUCACACACGCGUACACAAGCCUCGCAGCUGAUUGACGAAGUCAUCUAUUCCGAUAUUGGCGUUGCGACUUUACUACAACGCCUCAAACAAAGUAUUGCCUCGGCACGCGACUUUGCCGCAUUCCUAAAGAAAAGGUCAAUAUUGGAAGAGGAGUAUGCCCAGGGGCUAAAGAAACUCUGCAAGUCAACGCACGAAUCAUUUAGACGACCCGAACAUCGACAGGGCUCAUUUGCUCAACAAAACGACGAGAUGAUUCGCAUAUUCGAUCGCAUGUCCGAGAACGGUAUUCAGUUUGUUCUUUCCCUGCAUCAGAUGCAGGAAGAUCUAUCGGAUAUGACUUCAAACAUCGAAAGAGGGAGGAAGCCAUGGAAGCAAACUGGUUUGAGUGCGGAGAAACGGGCCCAAGAUUCCGAGAACCUUAUGGAGAAGGCCAAAGCCAAGUACGAUUCUUUGGCAGAAGACUAUGACCGCGUCCGUACUGGCGACAAACAAUCAGGGAAGAUUUUCGGUCUCAAAGGCCCUAAAUCCGCUGCUCAGCAUGAGGAGGACCUUCUCAAAAAGGUUCAAGCAGCUGAUACCGACUAUGCCUCCAAGGUCAACACUGCACGUGCUCAGCGGCAAGAGCUUAUCACUACCUUAAGACCCCAGUCCGUCCGAGCUUUGAUGUCUCUAAUAUCAGAAUGCGAUGCAGGCUUGACCCUGCAGUUACAAAAGUUUGCUUCUUUGAACGAGAAACUGCUGCUUAACAACGGACUAAGUCUUAGUCCCUUGAAGCAACAGGAACAGAGUCAAGACGCGCAACCAAGGAGUCUUCGUGAAGCUUUUCACCUCAUUGACAAUGACGGAGACCUUAAUUCCUAUAUCCUCAGCUUUUUGUCGAAAGUUCCCCCCAAACGCCCGGAAAUCAACUACGAGCGUCAUCUAACUCUUGCUGGCCAGCAGCCUAUGUCGACGGCUGCAAAUCGUCAAUCGCAAUUGCUCUUGAGCUCGCCAUCCGGUGCUGGCUCAGCAAUGCAAACCGCUCCACAGCUCUCAACAACUUUGAACACUCACGUUCCUCUAUCAGGAAGCGGACCGGACGCACAAUCCCCAGUGGACAGGAGUCUCGUAGGUGCACACCAGCCACAAUACCCGGGGGGAAGUAACGGUGUCACGUCUCUUCCGGGACCAUCCAGCUUCCAGCCUACAUUCGCGGACCAAACGACACCAGGUGGGCAUUCCGCGCCGUACCCCGGGGAGCUUCCUCCAUUAAAGCCGGUAUUCGGAGUUUCGUUGGAUGAGUUGUUUCGACGUGAUGGAUCUGCGGUACCCAUGGUUGUUUACCAAUGUCUUCAAGCCGUUGAUCUUUUCGGACUCGAUCUUGAGGGCAUCUAUCGACUCUCUGGCACCGCAUCACACAUUGCAAAGCUCAAGGCAAUCUUUGAUAAUGAUUCUUCUCAAGUCGAUUUUCGGAACCCGGAGAACUUCUUUCACGAUGUCAAUAGCGUCGCCGGUUUACUGAAGCAAUUCUUCCGAGACUUACCAGAGCCUUUGAUGACUACUGAGCAUUAUGCAGAAUUCAUCAACGCAGCGCGCGUUGACGAUGAUAUCAUUCGGAGAGAUUCGUUGCAUGCUAUUGUAAACAGUCUACCAGAUCCUAAUUACGCUACCUUGCGUGCAUUGAUUAUUCAUCUCAACCGAGUGCAAGAACAUUCACAUGUCAACCGUAUGAAUGCUGGGAACCUGGCUAUUUGCUUUGGUCCUACACUCAUGGGCUCAAAUACGGGCCCUAAUAUUGCCGACGCAGGAUGGCAAGUGCGGGUCAUUGAUACUAUCCUGCAGAACACAUACCAGAUAUUUGAUGAUGACUGA